UAAGUCAAUUUAUCUACGAUUUAUAACAUCUUUUCGUGUUAUCUUAUCCAAAUAAAGAAGUCGUUAUUAUUUAUUAGUAAUAAUUCAUUGCUGUGACAGUAAUUUUUAAGAUUCAAAAAUGUCUGCAGCAUAUCCAACAUUACCUCGAUUAGCUGUACGGGAUAGUCUAGACGACGAUGAUUUAAGUGAUGUCGAUGAUGAAGUAUUCAUUCGUGAUGGUAAAAAUGGAGGAUUAAAGUUUGAUGACGAAUGUGGUGUAAAACGACCACUCAUGGCCCCACGGCGUAAAUAUAAAUCGGCACAUGCUUUGGAAGGACAUAAGUUCCCUUACAAAGCUCUAUGGGCACCAUUUUGUUAUGGACUAUUGGCAUUGAUAGCUCUUUUAGGGCUGAUUAUUUUAGUAAUAUUCACUGUUAGUGUUUUCCGAGUGCCGUUAUCUGUGAUGAAAACCUGGAUGCAUAAGGAAGUCAAAGAAGAUAUUAACACGUCUGAAAUUAUUCCUUGUACGUCUUUGACUUCCAGUAUUGUGUGGACAAGAACAUUACCAAAGUUAACAUCUGAAGCUCCAUUAAGAAGUAAUGAUGUCAAUGGAGACAACAUCGAGGAUAUAAUAAUAGGCUUUAGUACAGGAUUGGAUGCAAUGGAUGCUUCUGAAUUCCUUUGCCCCUUAUAUUUUGAAAACCAAGUUCCAUGCCUUGGUGGUACUUUGGCAUUGGAUGGUCAAACUGGUGAAACUUUAUGGACGCAUUGGACUGCACAUGCAAUAUUUUCCACUGAUUGUGGAAUAGAUCUGACCAAUGAUAAAAUCAAUGACUGCAUAAUAUCAGGUCAUGGUGGAAUUCUGCAGGCUAUAAAUGGACGUGACGGAUUAAGUUUAUGGGAAAUACCGAUACAAACGUUGCAAACACUGGAACAGCCAAAAAUUUUGGACAUUUAUGAUGCAAAAUAUGUACCUGAUGUUGAUGGGGAUAAUAUUGGAGAUGUUUUAGCAUCUCAUACACUUCAGGCAGGCAAUGCAAGAACCAGUGAGAUCGUUAUAGUAUCAGGUAAAACUGGUAACAUUAUUCAGAGCAUUGCUCUACCAUCGACAGAACAGCUUUUCGCAGCACCGCAAGCAUUGAUUCAUCCAGAUGGUGAAACUAUGUAUAUAAUAGCUACAAGUAGUGAUCAACAGUCUGGAGGAUUAUACUUAGCACCCCAAUCUAAUUUAAUACAAGGAGAAUUGAAAUUACGACAGCUACAUCACGGCGCUAAGAAAGGGGUUCUCUUACCUCCCGUUUUAGCAGACAUAACAUCAGAUGGUACAGAAGACAUAGUUGCAGCCAUACUCAAUGCUACCAUUGUAGCAUACGAUGGUCGUUCCUUUGAACAAAUUUGGAACUAUACAGUGCCUAAUUCUGAGGUAAUUAGUAUUCCCAUUCCUGGUUACUACAACGAUGAUGACGUUCCAGAUUUCAUGGUAAAGCAUCAAAUAGGACCAGGAUUUCCUACAUAUUAUUAUACGAUUGCAACUGUUCUGGAUGGAAAAACUGGAGAACCUUUAUUGGAGAAACCAUUUGAGGAUAGCUUAAGUGGACAAAUGUCCGGCUUAUCAAUAACUGUAGAUGGCUAUGGUAACGAUUGGUUUCUUCACUGGUCUGCGGAUUGCUUGAAUCACGAAGGGGGUAAAAAUAAAUAUCAGUUUCUGAAAAGUGAAACACUAAUAUCGCAAACUCGAGCAGACAUCUGUAAAUUGAGAUUUAAUUCAACAUUAACUACAAAGCUGUUAGCUUUAAGCCAGCACGUAGGGCCUUCUGGCAUAUCUUUAUAUUCUUCGGAAGACUGGAAACGGGUUGAGUUCAACAACAGUAUAGACCCCCGAAAGGAAGCGGAAGAGUAUCUAGAAAAAAAUCCUGAGUUUAGUGGAAUAAUUACUGACACAGGUAUACCAUCUGCAUCUGAAAGAUCACCAAAAAAUAAAAAUGACCAAAAGGCAAACAGUUUACAAAAUAACUCCGAAAGGGACCUUUUUGCAGAACGAAACAAAUAUUAUUCUGACCAGGAAAUUGAAAAUGCGGCAAGUGCAAUCUAUAAGGAUCCUGAAAAUUUUAAAGAUCGUGAAGUACCUGACAUCAACUUGGACAGUAAAAUCUCUGAUAAUUUUAAUACCGAUGAAGAAUGGAGUGCCCCUGAUAAAUGGGAUAAGGACAAUAUUCCAAUUGAUAGAGAAUACGAUACACUGUACGAGGAUGGAGAUGAUCGCGGGAUAGAUCCUUCCCAAAUUAAUGAAAUACGAGAGCAGCGAAGUGAUAAAGGUGAAAUGAAGAGAGUUAACAAUAAUACCAAUGAAUAUAAAAAUCAGCUGGACCCAAGUAUGGACUACACUAAUGGUCAAACUAGAUACAAUUAUUAUAAUACUCAGGAAGUUAACAAAACUAAGAGUGAGAACGAUAGUGCGAAAGAUGCCAUCUUUUCAAAUAUUGAUAUAGAAUAUAAAGAUGCACAAAGUAGGAGAACAUCAAAAAAACGAAAUAAAGCUGUUUUGCUUCGAGGCCAGAAGGAAGUCAUAUCCAGUGAAUUGCAGAGUAAUCCAAAGAGUAACCAAUUUAUAAAACUGGAAAAGAGAAUGAAGAAAAUUGUUGAAACAAAGAAGGCGGCUUUGUCAUCGUCUAGUGACGAAAAUGUUGAUUUAAAGAGAAGACUCGCGAGGACCGUUAUGAGAAAUGUCCAAUUAAAUGAUGAUAUUGAAAUACAUCCAAUAUCCGAGACACUUUUGGAGAACAUUUCUCACAAUGCUAUACGAAACACGCGUGAGGAACGUCGUAUUAAUAUUAAUGACGUACCGCGAAACUCUAUCAACGACUCCGAGAGAAUAGGAAAAGUUAAAAAUAAGUGGUUGCUCGAAAAUAAUUUUGCCAAACCUAUACAAAACGAUGAAGAUGCCAACAUUGAAAAGAUAUUUAAAAGAGAGUCAAUGAAGAAUCAUUAUCAAAGAAAUGCGGAUAAACGCAGUUUUGAUAAAGACGGGCAUCGAAUACGAUCUAGGAAUGUGCAGUAUACAAAUAGGAAGGAAAACCAGAUGAACGAUGAUGAUUUUAAUAAAAUUGAUGGUGUACAGAAACAACCACCAACAGGAAUAUUGUUACCUUCUGGUUCACCUUCCUCUGGAACGACCAGCAUAGAUUUAGUUUUUUCGACGUAUUGGUUACCACCUUCAGAGGCCACAAUUGUAUUGCUGCAGCAGGACUUGGAUUGCAUCAGUGGAAAGAAAUCGAAAAUUAGUCAUAAAAUUCAGAGAGAAGAAAACGAUAAAAUAGUCCAAGAAUGUUUAACAGAACGAGGGGUUAAUUAUAACUUAUAUCAAGAAGCUAGAGAUAGAGAGAACGUUAAGAUAGCUCUUGGUCAAAUGACAGUGUAUAGAAUGAGAUUGAAAUGUGUUUGUCCGGAAGAUAUGUUACCUGGUCAGUCAUGUAAAAAUAUUUCACGUCAACAGAGUUGGCCUGCACAUUUGGGAGCAUCUGGUAAUGGAUAUUUUAAACCACUAAAGCGACCAAGCACCUGAAAAAAUUAAUUAAGAAGACUAAUCAGGUACGAUUAUUCGGUGGUAAGUAAAAAGACCAAGUGAUGUAUUGAUCUAAAAAGGUUGUAUAACCCACUGUUUAGGUUUAAAUAAUUGCAUGGAUCAUAGGUCACGACAAUUCAACAUCCAUUUGCAAGCGUGGUGUCCUACACAUUAUUAGCAAUAUCAUCAUUGAAUGGAAGUUCAAAAUGUAAAGGAAUGACAAACAAAUGUUUGGAUGGCAGUUGGUUUGACAGAUGCAAAGUCACACUUUUCACAUGUGACAUGUUGUAUGUAAGAGUCUUAACGUAAGACAUUAUUAAAUGUUUUCAAUAAUGUACACUUCCAAUAUUUUAUAGUACAUUUUUUGUUAGUUUCCCUUCAUAAAUGUUUACAUUAAAUUUAUGAACAUGUAUGUGCCCUAUAGUGUUUAUAUUAAAAAGUAAUUACUAUCUACUAAAGACACAUAUGGAAGUUAUGAGAGUAAAGUGUUUCUCUACUGUUUUGUUCCUACUUAUGACUAUGUAAACUUAUUCAAACAUACUAUAUUAUAAUUAUAAGUAAUCCUGAGAACGUGUACCGUAGACAUACUAGAAUAUGAAAUUGUAAAUGAAUGGCUUGAAACGUCAUAAAUAAAUAUAGUUGACGUCUUUAAAA